CCACUCCAGUUGGGCUUGCUAUUGGCCCAAAUCAUAUUUAAAAAUCCUCCGAUGUUUAGUAAGUCACCGACUUUUAAGGCAUCACUGGUUUUUUAAAAAAAUCGGUAUUUGGCAGAAGAAAAUUGGUUACCACCGAGCCUAAUAUCGCAGUGGCUUGCCUCCGAUCUGGCUUAAUCGGUUUAGUCGGCUCAUAAACUGAUAGCGAUAAGUUUUGGUCCAACUCGCGGCAGAGCCUUCUGCUGACCGCCUAGUGUUCAUAUCAUUAGUUCAACUGACAACUGAUUUGCACAAAAAUGGAGAAGAGGCUCUGGUCUUCUCUCGAGAUAUCUGCGGAAGAGUUCCUCUCAUCUGCAGUGAAUUUUACCCUAAAAUCAUCUAAAUCGUCACUGAAAACCAUUAUCAACGCAGUGAAACCCUCGUCGAAUCUCUCAUCUUCUCUCCCACUUGCUCUUCACAACUUUAUACUCCACCAUACGGAAUCUUUCCAGAAACUCGCCGGAGAUGAUAAUCUACAUCUCUCCUCUCCUUCUAAUUCUCCUCCAUCGAAGCGCCAACGUGGUAACAAAUCCGGAUCCUUACCCGACUCGGAUUUGGAUCAGCGGAGACAGAAGAUCAAUGGUUCUCUCCAGAUCCUCUCUCAUGUACUUCAUCUAUGUGUUUUAUCUUCCAAAAAAGCGUUUUCUACCUCUGAUUUACUCCCCGCUGCCCAAGCUUUGCAUGAUAAUCUUAUACUGUUUGAGUCGGAUACAGUUCUGUGCCUUGAGAUUGUCGGAAUUUGUGAAUCUUGGUGGAAGGAAGGUCUUACCAGAAAAGAAACUUUGAUUUCUCAGUCGCUACCGUUUCUGUUGUCGAGGUCACUGACAUUGAAGAAGAAAGUAGACGUGCAUCGAGUAUAUAUGCUGAGGGAAGCAUUCACAUUGUUUGAUUUUGAGGACGAGAGCAUUGAAGAUCUGAAGAUGCUUUUAAUGCGGUGUGUGGUUUCGCCUUUGUAUGUGAAGACAGAAGACGGUCAGAGAUUUGUCUCUUUUACUUUUGGGCUUAGCAGAGAGUUGAUGAAGUCUGGUCUUGCUGUUGUCAAAGCUCAGAUCCCUUUUGGAAGGAAAUCGGUGCUUGAAGGGUUUGGCAAGAUUCUCUUUAGGGCUUGGAAAGAAGUAGAUCAAGAUUUGAAAGGUGAGAUUGAAGAUGGAUUUUUGCAAGGGAUAAUUGAGAGUGCUAUUCACGCCGGUUCAUACGCCUUAGCUGCCUCUCUUAGAAGGGUUUUGGGAGGGUUUAUCACACAGCGGACAACUCAAGGCAUUGAGAAGCUCCUCUUUGGCCUUACUGAACCCAUGAUAUUUCGCUCAUUGCAGGUUGCAAAUUCAAAUGUUCGUUUAAAUGCUUUACAUUUACUUCUGGAUCUUUUCCCCAUGGAGGAUCCGGAUGCAACAAAAGAAGAAAAAGAUACGCUACUUGACAAACAAUUGUACUUGUUGGAAAAAUUGAUGAAUGAUGAAUGCCCUAAUGUGAGAUCUGUUGCUGUGGAAGGUCUUUGUCGAGUUUUCUAUCUUUUUUGGGAAGUGAUCCCAUCCCCAACAAUUACCAAGACCAUCACAAAACUUUUCGAUGAUAUGUCACAUGAAUCGUGCAAUGAGGUUAGACUUUCAACAGUUAAUGGUAUAACUUAUCUUCUUGCAAAUCCACAGUCCCAUGGUAUUCUUAAAGUGGUUCUGCCAAGACUGGGGCAUUUGAUGCUAGAUAAUGUUACUUCAGUACGAGUUGCCAUGGUAGAUCUGCUCCUUCUCGUAAGAGAUGUUCGGACUUUCCAGUUUAAUACGGUGGUGAGCUUGGAUGUGUUAUUAUCUGUGCUUGCUUCUGAUCAAACUCAUGUUGCUAAGGGAAUCACGCGACUUCUAAUGCCAUCAUAUUUUCCAUCAAGAAAGAGAGUUGAGGAGGCGUGCACGCGAUGUAGGACUCUCAUAAACAGAAACCCAAUGGCUGGUGCAAGGUUUUGCGAAUUUUUAGUAUCUGUUGGAGCAACCUUUCAAUCUGUAUUGCAGCUUGUUAGGUUCUUCUUAAAUAUAGUCUUGUCAGGCAGCGAGAUAGAGGAAAACCAGAUUGAAGGCUUGCUUCUUGCUGUGCAUUAUCUCUGUAAAGAUUUGGUUGCUGAUUCUGGGUGUCUAGCCUCCCUUAAAGAAAUGCUACCUCGAGAGAAAUUGAAAAGCUUGCUAGCUUUUGCACUCACUGCACAAGCUCAGUCAGCUGUCUUUGAUAUUCUUGCUAUGGUCUCCCCUGAUGUCGUCUCUGAUGUCCUAGAAGAUUGCAUGACUUUAGUUCUUAAUUGUGGUGGUUUGUCUGGGGAUGCAAGACGACAGAUCGAGAUGAGGUCUGUACACAAGUUACUCCUCUCUUCUAAUGCUUUAUCUGACCUUGUUGGAACUUUUACCAAUAUCCUACAGAAAACUGCGUACCGUUGUCAGAUCAAUUUCGGCUAUGAAGUAGAAACAAAGAAUGUGUAUUCUAUGUCGAGGAAGAAAUCAAAGUCCUCUGGAAAAUCUUCGGCACGGUGGAAUCAUGUUACCGGAAAAAACGCAAUCAGUUUAGAAGAAGAUUAUUCAAUUGCUGUAGGAAUAGCAUGGCAGAUAAAGGAUUUACUAAUUAUCGAUGAUGCUCGUAAAGCUAUACUUGAGUCUGAUAUUGAAGAGUUAUUCUUUGCUUUAAAAAUUAUCUCCCUGAUUAGCGUUCUGCAAGCCUCUUCUUGUGAAUACAUGGACGUGUACCCUGUAUUGGCAUAUACUUCUCUUGCUUUGCAUAUGGCUCUUCAGAAUAGUAAUACGAAUACUCAGAAGAAUGAGGAUAUUCUGGACCAAACAAUGGAUCACAUUCUAGGCUGCACAGAUGAAUUAUUUCAGGCAUUUGAGAGUGGAACGCAAGGGACCGUAUCUCUAGAGGGUAAUCUUAGAAAGAAACCCAAAACAAGAUUUUCAAAUGCCAAUGAUGAUGCUUCUGAGGGAUCCAAGGAAGGAGGUGUACUAAACAAGGUCAAGAUGCUAACUGGGAUUCUCAAGUUUAUUGUUGAGUCUAUAGAGAUGGGUCUAGCUUCCCACUUCCAAGCAAGGAUGUUGAAGUUCACAUCCACAUGUCUAAAGUAUGCCAUCUCCCUUUUCAACCAUCAUUCAACUGGUAAGUUACAAUUCGAGGAUGCAGAUUUGAAGGACAUGAUUAUGUGUACAAAGAGCUCUACCAGUUAUGCCGGAAAGUUCAUAAACCUAGUGAUGAGUCACACAACCGAAGCUUCAUGCCCUUUGUUUGAAGCUUUUGACCUUGCAAAUAACCUGCUUGAUCUAUUCACCACGGUUGAAAUAUCUUUAGGCUCAGCUUCUGCAUCAAGACUUGUGACAGCCUUAACCCCUUGGAUACCAGAUUUGGUUCUUGCAAUAGGACCUUGUUUCAUCAAUAACAACAUGGAAGAAGAAAGUUCAUACACCAGCUCAUUCAACCACAUCAACCUCCGCUUUCCACUAUGGCUUCUCACUUGUGCGAAGAUCGAACUACAUGAAAUCAAUGAGACCUCGGAUUCCCAUCUUCCACUCUCGGCAUUCAAAAGACUGAGAGACACCAUAGUUUCAUUAGUGAAAGGUAACUCCAAGGUGGUUGAUGGAAUCGGUUAUAUUCUUUUGAUAUGUUCAGUAGUGUGUAUAGAGAAGAAGGAUUACAGUACAUCUCUAGGAUUGUUGCAUUUUCUAUGUGUGAAGUUGGGAAGUAGAGAAGAUAGAGAGUGGAAAGAGCUUGUCACAAUGUUGGUCUCACUUCCGAGAAUCUACCCAAUUAUAGAGCGAGAGAUAGGUGAAGAAAGAGAUGAAGAUGAAGUGAAGCAGCUUGAAGCUGCAAGAGAAUUGCUUCAACCUGUGUGGAUGUACCAUGUGUAUGAAACCGGAAGGUUCCGCAUGAUGGAGUAAGAAGAAUAUAUAUGAAAUAAAAACGUUGUUGGUUUAGACUUUUGCUGCUUUGUAAGAAAUUAUAAUCAAGAGUGUUUAUUUGGCUCUUCCUUAAUGUUCGACACACUU